AAAAUAAUUUAGUUGUUUGAUUUUUUGUGUGAGAAUAAGAGAACAAUUUAUUACACAAGUAUGGACACAUCAUAAAGCAUCUUAAUCCAUUACUUAAUGUUGUGGGUUUAUUUUUGAAAGUUGGUUCCUAAAUUAAGGGGUGGAGUGUGACAGUGUAUACAAUGUCUUGAAUGCGGUUCAACUGGAGGCUCUCAUGCUGGAUCAGCCAAUUUUUCACUACGGGAAACGUUGGUCAGAAGGAAGCGCAAGGCAGGAUGCAGGGGCUGCCUCCCCUCCCCUGCCCUCUGCGUUUUAGGGAUGUGAAGGGCUUUGAGGGGAGAACAAAUGAUGUCAUCUACUGUCUUCCGAAACAGGAAUCUCCAACUUCUGCUGUUGUUUAUUUCCCCGGAGAUGUUCAGGACUAUUCAGAAUCAAUGGAAGCACAUCGUGACAAUAAGAAGUAUGUGCAAUGGAGUCUGGAUAACAUAGCAUUACUUCUAAAAUCCUAUCACCCAGAAAGCCAUAUAGUCAUUGUCAAGCCUACAAGGAUGGAGUUCAAAACAUUCGCCUGUUACAACAACUUCGUGCCUUCCAACAACGCGGGGGUACCAGACCACACACCCAAUCACAAUGCCUUGCUACAUCUGGAGCGCCUGUUGCAGAGUCUUACCCAACUUAUCAUGGAACAUGCCAGACGUAAAAUUUCAAGACAUCCAACAUUAGCGGAUAGUAAAGAGAUAAUAUUCCCUGCAUUGGACAAGACAGAUAUCCAGUUGAUGGGUUUCAGCAAGGGGUGUGUGGUACUGAACCAAUUUAUCUAUGAGUUCCAUUACUGUAAGACUUUAACUCCGGAGGAUGACUCCAUGUGCCAGCUUAUUCCUCGGAUAAGACACAUGUUCUGGCUGGAUGGUGGCCAUGCUGGGGGCAAGAACACCUGGAUUACAUCUCGCAGCCUCUUAGAGACGUUGACCCGGCUAGGAAUAGAAAUACACAUUCAUGUCACUCCCUACCAAAUCAACGAUGAUCGCCGACCGUGGAUAAGAAAAGAAGAAAAAUUAUUUAGUGACUUGCUCAGAAGGUUGGGAGCUUCAGUGAAAAGAUUUGUACAUUUCGAAACAGAAAUUCCUUCAUUAGAAACCCAUUUCGGAGUGAUUACAGCGUAUAAACUAGCCGAACGAAGACAUUCUCUUAUGGCUGUAAAGGACAUGUAAUAUCCUGUAUUAAAUUUAUAAUAAUUGUCACCUUCAGCUAAGUAUUUAAUGCCUUUUUUAAAAGCACUGAAUAGUAUUAAGGUACAGAUUCCUAUGAUAGGUCAGUGUAUAUAAUGUACGAGAACAAACUAUAUUGUAAGAAAUAGAAAAAAAUCCUAAACACAUUCAUUUUUACAUAAUUAAUCAUUACUGCUAUAGCUCUGAUUUUAUUUUUUUCAAUACAACACUUGACGACAUUAAAAUAAGUAAUUAUUUUAGUUAAUACAUUAAAGUAACAAGUUAAUAAUUAUUGUUAUAUCACCUUGAGUGAUUGUUUGCAUGUGUAAUUUCUCAAACUGUUUGGAGAUGCUUAAUAUAUUUGGAACUAAAGAGAUAACAAUUCAAAAUAUUUAUCAUUUUCAUAUUUUACCAAAGCGUCACCUUACUUCAUCAAUAGGAAAAAUGAUUACAAUACCACUGCCUUUUCUUUCAUAGACUAAUUUUACUCUGAAACAAUGCAGUAUGUUGUUGUGCAUGUCCUCAUCUGGAAUUGUUUCAAGGCAGUAGCUCUGCUAAGAUUUUUGUUCACUAACUUAAAAUUCGUGUGUGUGUUCGGAUAUAGCUUAGCAGUGGUAACAGUUUUGUGUCUGUUGUUAUAGUGCAAACACAAUGUUAACUUAUUUUUGUGUAUUUCUCUUUUAAAUCGUAAUUUAUUAAAUAUUGUUCAUAUAAAUAUUGUAAUGCCAUUAUUUGUAUUUAGGUUUUGUUAUUAGUAAAGAUAAUCAUACAAUGUAUUUUGCUCUAAUUUAUUUUAACUAUCCAUGAUGUUGUCAUGCAUCAAAUAAAUAUUUUUUGAGUUACAAUCUUCUUGUAUAAAAGUGAAAA